GUUUCUCGUUGACAAGAUACGAKUAUCGGUACAUUUCACAWUUCACCUUCCACACGCAAAACAACGGCAAAAACAACCACAAACGACCGCAGACUACCGAUCCGCAAUCUMAAAAGCGAUGGCGCRUCCCAACAACACGAUUGYCUCKCCGCCGCUKCUCCGUCUGCGCUUUUGGCUGRCGGCAGCCACAACGAUUUCGUCCCACCUCCCGAUGCUGUUGCUCUGCUUCCCGAACACCGCCUCCUCCUUCGUUGCCACUMCGCUMCGUGCCUCGACCACACCGACGGCUUUCGAGCUGUCGGYGGCCCCRGACAUUCCGUCGUGGAAGGAUCUCUCGGGCGCGACCGGGUGCGACAAUCACGAGCAACCCUUUUGCGCCAACGGAGCGGAUUUUUCCUCSCACCCCGAUCUCGGCAACUCCAGGCCCGUCCUGUACCGUGAACGCCACGGGUGGUGCCCCUACAGCGAGCGCGUCUGGCUCGCCCUGGAGGCCAAGGGGAUCGACUACGACACGAUCUACAUCGACAACAUCUACGGCAGGCCGAGCUGGUACGGUGGCAACACGCCCCAGAUGAAGUGGGAAGACGGCAGGGUGCAAUCCGAGAGCAUGGAUCUGGUGAAGGCCAUCGACGAGCGCUAUGCKAGCGACUGCGGKKUGGAACUCUACCCGAGCGACAUUGCCUCCGAGGUCGUGAACAAAUCGGAGCGGGCAUUCCGCAACAUCUUUCCCAAAAAGGCACGGCCCUCCUCCCGAGCGGCAUUUUUGUUUCGCUACGACGGAACCCCGCUUUGGAAGAACGAGUUCGAGAAAACCCUGAAAGAGACGGACGCGCUGCUGGGAGAGAACCCAAAAGGCCCCUUUUUCUGCGGCGACCGCUUCACGGCCGCCGACGUCUGCUGGGCGCCCUUUCUGGAACGCUAUGCGGGGCAGCUGCCCUGCCUCCACGAGGGCCUCGAUCCGAGGUGCGAAUCGACCUAUCCCCACCUCCACCGGUGGUACACCGCCAUGGAACAAAUGGUUCCGGCCUACGCCUGCCGGGUCCGCGGGGACCCAUCGAGCUGGAGAAAGGUCCUCACCAUGGCCGGCUUUGGGAACGCCGGCGCCGUCCCCCCGCUGGUGUCGGAGCGGAUGGACGAGCUCGCGGAGCAGGAACGAUCGCCCCUGUCCGCAGCCGAAAAAGCCGACCAGCAACGAGUCUGGGACGAGUACGCCGCCUCCCGGCCCUUUGUGGCGUCCUCGCCUAGCGCCGAAGCCGCAGCGGUCCUGGUGCGAAACCGCGAGGCCAUCAAACGAGACGUYGCCAAGAACUUCUGCGACGAGGAUCCGUCCGUUGCAUCGCUGUACGACGAGGCGGGCCUAGACGAGGCGAUGCGGUCCCUCGCGGUGGUCCUCCUCUGCAACGACCAAGAAGAGGAAGGACGAAGCCUCUUCUUUGAUGGAGCCACCGUGGAGGCUUGUGAGGAAAAGUGCGGGGGAUCCCUCGGGUCUCUGGCAGCCUUUCUGGACGAGCGCAUGUGUGUUCCGAGGGACAUGGGGGCACUGAGYGCAGCACACUUCAAGCGGAUCAUCGCCUAGAAGUGUGGAGUGGAACGGAAUGGAACGCAACGCAACGCCAACGCACUAAGAUACGGUGUAUAAAUUUGAAUCGAGCUG